GUCACCGCCUGUCCCGUCUGUUCGGUCGCAGAAAAGAUCGAAGUGCUGGAUGACUAGGCAGUGAAGACUCAAGUCCACCACCUCCACAUCAGAACCACCAACACAACACAACAACAACGUCUCUCAAAAGUGGUUUUUAAAGACCCACAAACAGCUUGUUAACAAGCUGCCUGGCAAAUCAACUUGGACUACCCCCUCCUAGCAGCCCAGACUCAGGUACUAUGUCUGCUGUGCUCCACAUGCCCGCGAUCAACACUGCUCCAUUCAUGCUGAAAGAGAAGCUUGGGGACCCAUUUGCGCCUGCCUUUACUGCAGUCAAUGGACGACCAUCGCCAUCUUCGCCACACGUAUCGAUUGGACCACACGGCAUGACAACUUGGGGGUCUGUAUCACGGGACCCCAGCUCACGUCCGGCCAGUCACUCUAUCUCGCCCACCAUGACCGACGGAGACAGAUCCCCAGACAGCCCUUUCAAGAGGAAGCGAUCACAUUCAAUCGAAGACCAGCGGCCACGCGGAUCCUCGAGAGAGUGGCCCACACCUGCCGGACCUUCCCCAACGGUGUCCUACCCAGAGCAAAGGCCAAGCCUAGAACCACAUCAGCGCACACUACCUCCAAUAGAUCGACUCCAACAUGAGCGUCGCUGGACUGCCGAUCCCAGCGAAUACCAGGAACACCAUCACGACCCUCGCCCCCUGGAGCCACCCCAUCACAUGCCACCAUCACACAUGAGUGAUCCUAGCGAACAUGAUGAAGGCGCCACAGACCAGAACGUAGCCGAUCAGCUUUCUGAACAGAAGAAAGUCGGGCGGAAACGGCAAUUCGCCAACCGGACCAAGACAGGUUGUGGUACCUGUCGUAGACGCAAGAAGAAGUGUGAUGAAGCAAAGCCAAAGUGCAACAAUUGCCUACGCGGCAACUUCGAAUGCGCAGGAUAUGCCAACAAAAUCCCUUGGUCAAAGGACGGGGCUUCAAAGGCUCCGCCAGCAUUGCAAGCGAAAGAGCGGGUGUCUUCGGCUGAGAUCCCUGCCCAUUACGCAAGGUGUGGCGUUUGCAACCAGGUGCACAUUCCACAUUGUGAUUCGACUCAGAAGCCAUAUCCGAAGUCUAACGCCAGCGACGGUGCUCGAGGUAGACCUGUCAGCGUGGACGAGCAGGAACGCAAACCACGAACACCAAAUAGCUGGACCAAGGCCUGGACUGAAUCACCGCGAUAUAAGUCAGAGCAUCCACCACCACCUCCUCCUCCUCCGCCUCUGCAACGACAGCACCAUCCUCGUGUGUACCAUCAUACCCCACAAACAAUGAGCCAAGCAGCCCCCACUCACCCUGCAAUAGCGGCACAGCCUGCGCAGUACGCACAACCUCCACUAUCUGCUCCAGCCCACGAGAGACCUCCAGUCCAUGAUCACCAUGCGUCUCGUCCUCCGCCACCACCCCUACCAGCAAUGGCUCCCAUGGCAACUGCGCCACCGGCUCCUUCACCGUCACGCUACUCGCACCCAUCAUUACCACCAAAGAGCGAAAAGGACAAAAUGCUUUCCGGAGAGCCAUUCCUGCCGUACACUGAGCAGCUCAUCGAUGAGCGUACACUAUGCUCAGGAGCAGUGUACCGCUUCAACAGCCUCAGCAACGCCGCUGUACAAAUCGCUGCGAGUGAGCGCGAGCGACAGUUUGAAUAUAUCAUAGCAGCUAGGUGGAUCUACUCUCGUGCUGGUGAACGCCGAGUUACCGGUCAUCUUGGUGGUGGCAUCAACGUUGCGAUACCUUUCCAUUGCGACUACGGUUACAACAUCUCUAUUGGAGACAACGUUGUCAUUGGGCCCAACAGUCAACUCCUUGACUCUGGAAGGAUCGCAAUCGGCAGAAACACCAAGAUCGGCGCCCGUGUGACUAUUUCGACUAUCAAGGCGCCCUCUGACACUAAAAUGUUGAAGGGUAGCAAGGGCACUGAGAUUGCCCGCGAGGUCUACAUUGGCGAGAAUGUUUACAUCGGGGAUGGAUGCAUUAUCGAAGCUGGCGUCCGCAUUGGCAAUAACGCGAUCGUGCGUGCUGGAUCCGUUGUCGUUCGAGUAAGUUCCUCGACCCUUACGAUAUAUCAUGAUCGGCCCUCGUAAACAACACUGUGAAUUGAGCUGACUGUUUCCAGGACAUCCCGGCAGACUGCGUUGUCCUGGGCAAUCCAGCUGAAGUACGACAGGUCA